UUAUCUAUUCCGAGUAACAUUAAUAUGCUGAAAUUGUAAUCCAUUGAUUCAAUAAACUUAUAUAUUUUAUUCUUAUUCUUCUCUUCUCUAUUCUGAGUAUGGUCCUGAUGUCUAUUUGAUUGAGUUCCUUUGGACACAAUCCCAACUUCUAAACCAGUCAAGUACCAAAACCCAUUUAAACUACCUGCAAUUUCAUACAAGACUAACAGGAUGGAUCUCCAGCAAAAGCCCCAUGUGGUGAUGGUGCCAUAUCCUGCAAUGGGUCAUUGUAUCCCUUCCCUAGACUUGGUCAAACUAUUGGCUUCACAUUCCCUCACCGUUACCUAUGUCACCACUCACACUAUUGCACAGCGUCUCAAAGGUCCCGUGGACGAAGCCCGCAAAGCAGCUGGUCUGGAUAUUCAUCUUGUAGGCCUCUGUCCCCCAAAAGGAAUUGAAGGCCUACCUGAGGGACGAGAAAGCAUGGAUCUUGUGUCUUCCAAAUAUUCGUUGGACAUAAUUUCUUUAGUCGAAAGCCUUGAGCAGCCCUUCGACGGCUGGUUCCAACAGCAGGGGAGUCGUCGACCAGUGUGUAUUAUCAGCGACAUGUUCAUCGACUGGACCGUCAGAUCCUCUGAGAGGCAUAAUAUUCCCAGGGUCGUUUUCUACGCUAUGGGGGCUUUCCCGACUUCGAUUUUUCACGCCGUCUGCAGCUCCAUUUCGACUAACACACUGCGGAAGGAGGGCGACAGUGUUAUAGUCGAUAACAUUCCCUCAUCUCCGUUGACAUUUACCAAAGAUCAGAUUCCUGCGAGAUAUUUCAACCCUGAUUCGGCCGAUCCGAUGCUGAAAUUUGUUACAGGGAAGAUGCAGUCGAUCACCAAAUGCUGGGGAGUGCUUGUCAAUACUUUCGACGAUCUGGAGACUCGUUAUCUGCAGCACUUGAAAAACACAAUAAGCGGCAGGCCACUUUGGUCUGUCGGUCCUGUUUUACCGUCGGAGGGUAGUUCUCAUACAAGAGGGAAAAUGGCGGACAUUAGCGAGGAGAAGUUACUGCAAUGGCUGGAUUCCCAAAGCCCGAGUUCGGUUUUGUAUGUCUCAUUUGGAAGCCAAGCCUUCUUAUCACAAGAGCAAACCAAAGCGCUCGCCAGGGGUCUUGAGGCCAGCGACCAGGCUUUCAUUUGGUCCAUCAAAAUAUCCCCGGAAACUGCACCUAUAGCUCUGAACAUGGAGGAUUCUCAUGCUGCUUACCUCCCGGAAGGUUUUAUGGAGAGAACUAAGGGGUUGAUCAUAUGGGGGUGGGCGCCCCAGUUGCUCAUACUCUCCCACCCCUCUGUAAGUGGCUUCCUCAGCCACUGUGGAUGGAAUUCUGUUCUCGAGAGCAUCAUGAUGGGCGUCCCGCUGGUUACAUGGCCGAUGUUCUCAGAUCAGCACUUUAACUCUAAGCUGGUGACUGAGGAACUGGGCAUUGGUGUUCAGUUUUGCCAACACAUGGAUGAGGUUCCGAAUGAAGAAAAGGUGGAAAUGGCUGUAAGAUUGGUGAUGGGAAGUGAACAAGGGAAACAGAUGAGGAAACGGGCCCAGGAACUGAAGGAGUUGGCUAAACAGUCUGUGGGAGGAGGAGGAUCUUCCGCGUCAAAUUUACAAGCUUUUGCCUGUGAGAUUCAUAAGCUUAUGAACUGCAAUCCCCAGAAUAGAAAUGAUAAUGGAGAUUCUGUAAGUGGCUGAUACAUUUGUCACAACUGACUUAAUUGGUUGAGAUAACCUUUCUGCACUCUUUCUUAAUUUUAGGUAGAUCAUGUGUCUAUUGUCUAUUGCGUA